AACGCCUUCCUCCUCCUCCUCUCCUCAUCUUUCCCCACCCCACGCCACACCAACCCUUCUCGCACCACCACCACCACCAGCAGCCAUGGGCGGCGGCAACGGCCAGAAGUCCAAGAUGGCUCGCGAGAGGAACGCCGAGAAGAACAAGGGAGCCAAGGGCAGCCAGCUCGAGGCCAACAAGAAGGCCAUGAACAUCCAGUGCAAGAUCUGCAUGCAGACUUUCAUCUGCACCACCUCUGAGGCCAAGUGCAAAGAGCACGCCGAGGCGAGGCAUCCCAAGAACGACCUCUACCAGUGCUUCCCCCACCUCAAGAACUAGUAAGCAGCAGCAUAUGCCUGCUCUGACAAGAGGCAUAUGCUCUACCAGAACCACAAAGAGAGAACUUUCUUGAUCCAUUAGUAUUGUUAUCAUCAUCAUGUACGUAAUGACUGGUGGCCCUAUGUAUUACGGGCCUGAACUGCUGUCGCAGCUGCUGCUUCGGUUGUGUUUGCCCCAUCUAAAUAUGUAAUCCUUCGCUGUCAACCUGUUGCGUUACAACAUCGAUUGUGUGGAUCUGUGAUGCCCAUGCUUGCACAAUAA